AUGAAUGAAUUAGACAAAUUACCACACUUAAUAAUAAAAUAUAUACUGUCAUACCUCGAUUCGAAUAUAGAUAGAGUUUGCUUGAUAUUGGCAAGUAAGGUUUGGUAUGACGAUGUUGAUCGAUUGUUGUUUCUGAAUGAUCGACACCUACCAAGUUUACUCUCCUACAAAAGACAACAGAAACAAAAGAGAGUACUAAAACAUUUUAGAAAUGUGAUAGAUCGAUCGAUGAUGAGAAAGAUUCCAAUCAUUCAAUAUAUGGCAACCAAUGAAGACGAACCGAAUCAAAGUGAUCUUUAUUUUGAUUAUAUAACAAAUAUAGCUUGGAAACAACUCAACAUUCUCACAGUUCAAUCAACCUCUACUUCCAAAUUGUUUGCCAUCUGCACUUGUCUCUUUGGAACUGGGUUGCCAGUUCAAUCAACCGUUGCUACCAAAAUCACUUCCUGCCUCGCUUCGCACUCUGAAAAUUGGCAUAAUGAGAUUGCACCAGAUUGUAUUCCAGCGACAGUAGAAACACUUGUUUUCGGUGCGGAUUUCAAUCAACAAUUAAACGAUAGCUGGCUGAACAAAGUCAAACGAAUCACUCUGGGACAAGGCUACCGUCAGCCAAUUCUCAGUGAAACACUACCAGCACAUCUCACCCACAUUCACUAUCAAAAUCAGCAUCACAGUACCAAUGAACAAAUGACAUUGAUUCUUCUUGAUAACAAACAAACAGAAAACAAACACAAAUUUAACUCAACGAUGAGUAACUAUUUAAUAUUGAACGAACAACUUACAAGUGGUGGAUAUCUCCAAACCAGUAAUCUAUCAUUGCUUUCGCAAUUUCAACGUUUUCGUUUUUAA